GCGUUGGAUGAUUCACGACACCUUCUCGAUCUCGCAGAACUCUGCCUGAAUCGCAUCUCUGAGCUCUGCGACACACGGCGAGACCAAGCGCACUUUGCGUCGGCCUGCCGCGCCCUUCGGGAAACAACGCCGCGGCAAGCCCUCGUCAUCUCCGGGCCGGACUUUACCCUCAGAGGGCCGCAAGGCGGCCACUGGGCGCCGGAGGCUUACUUUCAAACACCUGCGCUCCCCGCCGCGCUGGCGGGUCUGAAGAUGAGCCUCGUUUGGAAGGACCAGGGCUGGGGCAAUCGCAAAGGCACCAUCGUGGUCAGGCUCAUGCGCAGGCGACGGCUGCCAGUAGAGGCGGUGGUGGCAGAGGACACCUCCCUCUUCGGCGUGGCACCACACGCGUGGGAAGACGGCCUGGUCGAGCUCGACGCCGCGCACCCGAUCGUCUCGCAGGCGGAGGCUGGCGACACGCUCUCCUUUUUGCGAAACGCAGGCCCCCUCCUCGCCCCCCCAAGGGAGAUGGGUAAAAAGGAGCCGCCGGGCCAAGAUAUGCUUAUGCAAGAACGCACAUGA